AUGUCAUUGGAUAGUCUGAAUUACAAUCCGAUCGAGGACAUAACAACUAUACUCGCGUCUCAAGGUUCUUUAGAUGAUAUAGAUGAACUACUUUUACGAACUAGAAAUGUUAAGCUCCAAUUACAGGAGGACAUUGAAAAUAACAUUCGGCAAUCGAAAAUAGCACCGAUCAGUAAUCCUGACGGUGGUUCAGUCGUGGAUGAUGUGUUCCAGGACUUCCAAGAAACACAAAAUACAGCUUCUAAAAUCUAUUCAACUAUAUCGGAACUAACUGAUGGUAUUUCGCAUUUAGACAAUGCUAAGAAGAAUAUAACACAAUCACUGACUAUAUUUCAGAACCUUAAAAUAUUGGUUGAUAGUUAUACGCAAUGUAUAUUGCUAACAGAGUCUAAUUCAUUUGUGGAGAUGGUAUCUCCCUAUAGAAUUAUGUGCUCCUUAUCUGAAUCAACUUUCAUGUCGUAUAAAUCUGUCACGGAAAUAAAUAUUCUUUUAUCAUCUAUUUCACGAUUGAAGUCGGAUAUAUUAAAUAAGAUCAAAAAGAUCUUCAACGAAUUAUUAAGUGGUAAAAUCCCUGGAAAUGAAAAGCUUGAAGUCCAGCUUAGAGAUGGUGCUUGUGAAUUAUUGGAUUCGAAUAAUAGCGCUAAGUUACAAAUAAUAGACUGGUGUCUUAGCAAACUUCUUUAUGAGAUAAAAGAAAUCUUUCAACUAGACGAUGAAGCAGGCUCCCUGGAAAAUCUAUCUCGUAGAUACAUGUUCUUUAAGAAAAUAUUGAACAACUUCAAUUCUAAAUAUGCGGCCUAUUUUCCACCCUCAUGGGGUAUACCACUAGCUUUAGCCUCUCAGUUUUAUGAAAUAACUAAAGAGGACCUGGAUACCUUAUUAAGAAGAGAACUACAGGGAAAGACACCAUCAAUUGACUUAUUUAUGGGAUCAUUACAAGUGACUUUAGACUUUGAAAAAUAUAUUGAUGUGAGAUUUUCUAAUAAGUGUAAAGCAGAAAAGUUAAGUGCGGCAUUUGAACCUUAUUUAUCACUUUGGGUAUCUCAUCAAGAUGGUAUGAUGCAGAAAAAAUUUCUCACUUAUAUGAGUGAGAGUAAGGUUCCUGAAAAUAUACAGGAUUCGCUUGUGGUGCCAUCAAGUGCUGAUCUCUUUAGAACUUAUAGAUCUAUUUUGAGUCAAACAUUGGAACUGAUAGGUGAAGGUAGUAGUGAUGGUAUCCUGACAUCUCUAGCAAAUUUUUUCUCAAAAUGGCUAAUUGACUAUUCUAGUAGAGUCUUACGCCCAUUGCUAUUGCCAGACAACCUAGAAAUAGAGGACAAACAUGAAACUACUAAAUAUACAGUACUGCUCGUAAAUACUUGUGAUUAUUGUUCGACAACAAUUUCACAACUGGAGGAAAAAUUAGCUCAACUAAGUUCUACUCCGUCAAAUAUCUCCACUAUAUUUUUAAAAACAAAGGACAUAUAUGAUGAACUUUUGGCAAAAGGGAACAAUCUAUUAUUGAAGAGGGUUAUACCAUUGGAUUUAGCAUUUGUUUGGAAAGAAUUUGAUAGUACCGAUUGGGCUCAUAUUGCAGUUGAGGAUUAUAGCAGAUACAUUACUACCUUAAAGAAAGUACUAACAUUUUCAUCUUUUCCAAAUGACAAUAAUAAGAGUCAAUCAAAGUCAUCAUUGGAGGAUAUUAUGCACCUCCUAAGUCGAGAUGUGUUCAAAUGGAACUUCUUUGAUAAAGUAAUAGAUUUGGUGACGUCUAAUUAUGUUGAUUGUAUAACUCGUUUGUUACAACCUUUGCCACCUUUUGCAACAAAUAGUAGUCGUAGGAUUUUGAAACCAAAAAAAGUUAUAGAGAUUGGGGAACAGCUACUCCUAGAUAUACAAUUGCUAAAGGACAUACUGAAUUCAAUUCUAGAAAGUGUCAAGACUGGGUCUGUGACCUCUCAGGGUACGCCGUUUAAAAGACUACGUAGACAUGUUGAAACAAAUGUUGAUUUGUUACUACACUUUGCUAAGUUACUUGUGCUUCCGUUAGAUAAUCCGGAAGCCUACCAGGAGUCUUACUGUAGAUUAACUGAUGAUAAUAGAGAUAUAACCGUAUGGGCAUUCAUUAUGACCUUAAAGGGUAUAAAAUGGGACCUAGAGCAAUGGAAGGGCCUAUGGAGUUUCUUCAAAGCAAGUAUCAAGGAUAGCAGCGAUUCUCAACUUGAGAGAAAUUUAUUUGUGUUCAAGUGGGAUAAUAGACAUAUACUACGUUUUGAAAAUAAUUUGGCUAGAAUCCAAGAUCCUGCAUGGGCAACUUUUGUAAAAGAUGAACUUUGUAUAAUGCCUAUUAAACUAAGUGGUGUGGCCAAAUAA